AGGCGCGGUAAAUGAAGUUGUAGAACGUUCUCGGUUCUUUAAACCGUUUCCAGAAAAUACCAUACGAUUCUGCAGACGAUUUCACCUAAGUUUUAAACUCGACGUGGUUUUCUUGGUCGUCAGUUUGAGCUUAGACCGCGUGAGCACCUGAUCUAUAUUUAACUUUUCGUCGGCUCUGUUCGAGCGUGCAUCCUAGUCAGUCACCGUCAUGACAGCCAAUGAACAAGACAGCAUGGAAGUUGAUCAGCCAGAAGUUCAAGAUUCAGCCAAAGCAGAACCUUAUACACCAGGUCCUGAUGCAGUUGAUCUCACACUAGAAAAAGAUGGUGGUGUGCUGAAAGAAGUCAAGCAAGCUGGAACUGGUGAUGAAACUCCUCCUCUCGGCAGCACUGUGUAUGUUCAUUACACUGGAACGUUGACCAACGGCACAAAAUUUGACUCAAGUCGGGAUAGAGGAGAAAAAUUUAAGUUCACACUGGGAAAAGGAAAUGUUAUUAAGGCAUGGGACCUGGGUGUAGCCACAAUGAAACGGGGAGAACUUGCUAUCCUGUACUGCAAAUCAAAUUACGCUUACGGUGAAAAUGGCAGUCCACCAAAAAUUCCCCCAAAUGCCACACUGGUGUUUGAAGUAGAAUUAUAUGACUGGAAGUUGGAAGAUCUCACGAAAACAAAUGAUGGUGGAAUUUUAAGGCAAACCUUGAAAGUAGGAAGUGGGUACUCAAGUCCCAACGAAGAGGCCCUUGUUGAGGUUUCGCUGAUUGGCCGUCAUGCAGGGAAAGUAUUCGAUCAACGUGAAUUGAGCUUCAAUCUCGGAGAGGGUUUAGAACACAAUAUACCUGAAGGGUUCGAACAAGCCCUGCUGAAAUUCAAGAAGCAAGAGCGGAGUUUGAUUAAAUUAAUCCCUGCCUACGGCUUUGGCUCUACUGGUAACGAACAACUGGGUAUUCCUCCCAACGCCGACCUCGAAUACGAAGUGGAACUCAAAAGCUUUGAAAAAGCUAAAGAAAGCUGGAGCAUGGAUGCUGAUGAGAAGCUAGAACAAGCCAAACUUUGCAAAGAAAAAGGAACUAACCAUUUUAAAGCUGGCAAAUACGCAUUGGCCAACAAACAAUACUCCAAAAUUGUCAAUCUCCUCGAGUUUGAAAAGACUCUCAAAGAGGAGAAAGCAACCGAAAGAGAACAGUUGAUGUUGGCAGCAUAUCUUAAUCAGGCCAUGUGCUGCUUAAAAUUGAACGAUUUUACUGCUACUCGUGACCACUGCCAGAAGGCCCUUGAAUUGGAUUCGAAGAACGAGAAGGGUUUAUUCCGUUUGGGACAGGCACUUUUGGGUAUUCACGAGCCAGAAGAAGCCAAGAAACAUUUUGAAGCGAUUCUCCAGUCGGAUCCCAACAACAAAGCCGCUGCCAACCAGGUGGUGAUUUGCAACGCCAAGAUUCGCGAACAGCGUGAAAAGGACAAGAAGCUUUACUCUAGCAUCUUCAACAAGAUGGCCGAAAAUGAUCGACAGAGAGCGUUGCGGAACAAAGCAAUGGAAAUGCCGGAACCGACCCAGUGGGACAAUGAAGAUUCGGAGAAUUUGAGCGCCGUUGAACUAAAAGAUCACUUGGAUUCUGUGCCAUGCACGGAAUCUGAAGACUCUGAGGGAUCAGAUGAAAAUUGAUCUUUGACGGAAAGAUCAACGUGAUUCAGCUCCAUUUAUUGAAAUUUGUUUACUGCGACUUAUUGUCAUGAUCGGAUUUGCCUGUAUCCUCUGUCGGGUUUUAAUUACAGAGUGUUACCAACAAAGAAA